CAUGCCCUGACUUGGUGCUUAAGUUGUCAAUUGUUUUAUUUUCAAGCCAUAUUUUGUACAGGCUGAAAAUAUGGAGGUUUAUUGGAGAUAUUUGCUACAUGUAUGCAUCCUUUUCCAUCAGACAGUUUGGGUGACAGGUGCAAAAGGCAGGUGCAGUCUGUUUGGUCGGCAGCACAUCCACACAUUUGAUGGAGUUUUGUAUGACUUUCCUGGAGACUGUAGUUAUCUGUUGGCUGGGGACUGCACACAUCGCUCUUUUACACUGCUAGGUGAUUUUGUGGAUGGCAAACGCGUUGGCAUCACUCUAUUUCUCGGAGACGCCUUUGAGCUGCACCUGUCUGUGGAUGGAAUCCUCUCACAGGGAGAAAAAAUCCUGUCAGUGCCAUAUGCAUCCCAUUCUCUGUUUGUGGGUACCGAGCUGGGCUUCUCCAAAUUUUGGAGUGAAGAGUUUGGCUUCUCCGUGACAAUCGAUAACGCAGCAAACUUUGCGCUGACCCUAAGCGAGCAGCAUGCUAACCGCACCUGUGGUCUAUGUGGGAAUUACAAUGCCAUCACAUCAGAUGAAUAUACUGCUCAAGAAGGGUUUGUCACAGAAGACAGUUAUGAUUUUGCAAACUCAUGGGCAGUGAAGGGGGCGGGCCAGAUAUGUCAGAGGGUCACCCCACCCACUCUGACCUGUAACAGCACCCAAAGGACUGCAGAGAUCCUGUCUGGCUGCAAUGUGCUGGGGCAGUCGUCCGUGUUCCGUCGUUGCGCUCACGUGGUUCCUCUGGAGGUCUUUGUGGCUCUGUGUGAGCAAGAGGCCUGUCACUGUGAGGGGGCUCCAGAGCACUGCUCCUGCCCUGUCCUACUGGAGUACGCCCGCACCUGUCGUGCCCAUGGGGUAGUGUUGACCGGGUGGACCUCUGAGAGUCACUGUGUGCCCAAAUGUCCCAUCGGGAUGCAGUACAGUGAAUGCACCAAGUCCUGCUCCACCACCUGUCACAGUCUGAACAUCCAGGAGGUCUGUACAGAGGAGUGCUCUGACGGCUGCACAUGUCCAGUGGGUAAGGUUCUGGACGGGAAGCGGUGUGUCGAGGUGUCCCUGUGCUCCUGUGUGCACAUGGGCCGACACUUCCCUCCUGGGGCCACCAUCUCUCAAGACUGUAACACCUGUGUGUGUCGCCAUGGUUCUUGGGAGUGCACUAACGAAGGCUGUCCGGGGGAGUGUUUGGUCUUAGGCCAGUCUCACUUCAAAACGUUUGAUGAUAAGUUCUUCACCUUUACCGGGCAGUGCCAGUAUCUCCUGGCCAAGGACUGUGUCGACAAAGAAUUUUCAGUUAUUAUUGAGAAUGUGCAGUGUGCUGAUGACCAGGAUGCUGUGUGCACACGCUCAGUGAUGCUCAGCCUACCCUCUCUGGAGAACAUGACCAUAAAGCUCAAACAUGGAGGAUUGGUCUCUGUUAACAGUAUGGAUAUCCAGACACCAAUGCAUCAUGGUCAUCUGCACAUCCACAGGCCAGUCCAGUCAGCAGUGCAUGUCAGAUUCAAAGAGGACUUUCAGAUUGAGUGGGAUGGGCGUGGUCGUCUUCGCUUAAAGCUGGGUCCACGGUGGCAGGGGCGCACCUGUGGCCUCUGUGGAAACUACAACAGUAACCAGGGCGAUGACUUCCUGUCCGGGUCAGGUCUGGUAGAGGGAGGGGCUCAGGCAUUUGCUCAGUCCUGGGGAAUCAAUGGAGACUGUGAGGCCAUCCACAAACAGGAGGGGGACCCGUGUGCUGCAAAUCCCAAAAGAGUGCGUUAUGCAGAGGAGGCAUGCUCAGUGAUGAUGUCAGAGGUGUUCACUCCUUGUCACUUCCUGGUGAACCCGGCUCCUUUCCAACGCUUCUGUCGGUACGACGUGUGCGCCUGCUCUGAUGGAGAGGAGUGUCUCUGCUCAGCCCUGGCCGCUUAUGCCUCAGCCUGCUCUGCCCGGGGAGUGCUGCUCAGCUGGAGGUCCCCCUCACUAUGUGCCAUGGAGUGCCCUGGAGGUCAGGUGUAUGAAGCGUGUGGGACCAUGUGUGAGCGCACAUGCAGGUCUUUGUCUGGGGCGGAGCCUGGCUGUGGAGUAGAUUCAGCAUGUGAGGAGGGCUGCUUCUGUCCCCCGGGGAAGUACCUAACCAACUCAGGACAGUGUGUGACCUCUGACCUCUGCCCCUGUCUGCAUGAUGGACAGCUCUACCAGCCCCAAGACAUCUAUGCUGACCACCACACCAUCUGUCACUGUGAGAAUGGAGCCAUGCGCUGCAGUUCCACUGAGGAGGGCGCCAUGCUGUCAGACAUGUUUUAUGAUGAUGAUUUGGCCCCAUCCAGAGAGCGGCGGUCGGCUCAGUGUGCUCCCCCCCUGGUCAGAGCAGACUGUGAGGCCAGUGGAAAGACAGGUCUAGAAUGUGCCAGGACCUGUCAGAAUGUGGACCUCCCCUGUAUCAGUGCAGCCUGCAUCCCUGGGUGUCUCUGUCCACCAGGCACUGUGCGCCAUCGAAGAGACUGCAUUGCACCAGAGGAAUGUCCCUGUUACCAUAACAACAGGCCUUAUACAUCGGGACAGACCAUAACUGUGGAAUGCAACACCUGUGUGUGUCAGAAGAGGAAGUGGCAGUGCACAGAUAAAGUGUGUGAUGCAGUGUGCCGCACAGUUGGAGAGAACCACUACAUCACCUUCGACGGGCUCAAGUACUCCUUCCCUGGGUUCUGUCAGUAUGUGCUUGUACAGGACAUGUGUGGAGGUGAAGAGGGCUCCUUCAGAGUGCUGGUGGAGAAUGAAGCCUGUGGAAUAGUGGGACAUCGCUGUGCAAAAGCCAUCACCAUCUAUUUCCAGGGAGGAGUCAUCGUUAUGCAGCAUGGGGAGGUGAAAAUGAAGAGGCCAAUACUGCUCGACUCCCAGGUGCAGAUUAUUCGGUCCGCUCACUCCUACACCGUGCUCCUGGGAAAGCACAUCUCUCUCAGUUGGGACAGAGGAACUCACCUGCGUGUUCAUAUCUCCGCUGUAUACAGGGGCAAAGUGUGUGGCCUCUGUGGAAACUAUGAUGGAAACUUGAACAAUGACCUGAUGAGCAGUAACAACCAGCUGGAGGUGGAUGCACCACACUUUGGCAACUCCUGGAAAGUGGUGCCCAGCUGUGCUGACGUAAAUCAGGUACCUCCCCACUGUAAUAAUGACAUCAUCAAGCUGGUCACAGUGGAACAGUCCUGCCGUGUCCUUACGGGCCCCAUCUUCAAGGAAUGCAAUACUCAGAUUGACCCAGAGCCCUAUGUGGAGAUGUGUGUAGAAGCGGCAUGCUCCUGUCCCUCUGUGGGAGACUGUGCUUGUUUCUGUGAUGUGGUGGCAGCUUACGCUCUGGCCUGCUCAGAACAAGGCCUGCCUAUCAGCUGGAGGUCCAAUCAGCUGUGUCCUUUGAGCUGUGAGGACCUGAACCCCAUGAGCGCUAACACAGGGGAGGAGCUAUGUCAGUGGAGGUACAACGCCUGUGGUCCAGCCUGUCCAAUCAGCUGUCAGCAUCCAGAGCCUCUGCACUGCUCACUCACCUGUAUAGAAGGAUGCCACGCCCACUGCCCUCCAGGCCAGUUGUUGGAUGAGGUGCUCCUGCGCUGUGUGGAACCCUCUCAGUGUCAGGUGUGUGUCCAUGAUGGUCAAACUAUCUCCCAUGGGACCAAAAUUCUCCUCAACCAGGAAGACCCAGACAAGUGCCAGAUAUGUCACUGUGAAACCAACACCCUGCACUGUGAGGACUGUGCUUCCUCCCCUUCUCUUACCACCCCUGCCCCCACGCACCCUUGGGUGACACAGAGCACCCUGCCCUAUACCACGCUGAUGCCUGAAGGGAAUUGUGACAGAGCCAUGGAUCUGGCCUUCCUGCUGGACGGGUCAGAGGCCCUGAGCGAGGAGGAGUUCCAGGUGGCCAAAGACUUCAUCCUGGGCGUGGUGGAGCGCUUCCGGAUGGGCUCAGCUCAUACCCGAGCCACAGUGCUUCUCUACCACUCUGGAGUCAAAACUUAUGACCUGCAGGUUCAGAAGUGGUUGUUUAAGAAGACUGUCCACGAGCUCCACUACGCCGGAGGAGAUGCAGCAUUCCUGGACGAAGCCAUCAAGUACUUGGCCAUCAACAUCUACGACAAGAACAAGCGUGAGCAUGCGGGUCGCGUUGCUGUCAUUCUGACCGCCAGUGAGAACCCCCGAUCCAUGCGCGCUGUGCUCAAGAUGCUCCGCCGGAAGUCCAUCACCACUCUAACUGUAGCCCUGGGUCCUGGUGUAGACAUGGCACAAAUCAACGAAAUCACGAAAGUCAGUCCAGACAACAGAGCAUAUAUUCUCAGCAGUACAGGGGAACUCAACGACCGACUGUUAGAACUGACUGAUUAUCUUUGCACUCUAGGGCUUGAGCCUGAAGGAGCCAAGCCAAAAACUACCCUUACUACUACUACUACUUCUACUACUACUACUACUACCACUACUACUACUCCAAAUCUCCCCGCAAGUUCCAGCAAGCCAGCUACCACCUCUCCAAUCACCACUCCCCUUGCUCUUCUCAUCCCAACCAAAGAUCUCACAUUCGUCAUAGAGGGCUCAGAUACGGUUGGUGAGGCAAACUUCAACAAAUCUCUAACAUUUCUUGAAGAAGUGAUCACUCAGCUCGCACAGGAAGAGGAAGAGGUCAUCCGCAUUACCAUAAUCCAAUAUUCAGUGACGGUAACUAUCGAAAUUAGCCAUUGGGAGAUCAGAUGGCAUAGAGAAAGACUUUUACAGAGGUUAAGGGAGAUUCGCUGGAGAGGAGGGAAUAAAACCAACACAGGGGCUGCAGUUACAACAGUUUUCCAGCAGGUGGCAACAGCUCCUCCCACUGGACCCACAUCUCCACCUCAAUUGGUGUUUCUCAUCACAGAAAAUCCACCAACAGACAUUAUAACUCGCCCAGUCACCAGUACACAAACGCAUAUCUACCCUAUUGGAGUUGGGCCAAAAGUCAAGGAAAUGGACUUGUUCCCUCUCAGCACUCCCCAGCGACCUCUCAUGGUAGAAGACUAUUUCAACCUCACAAGCAUAGUCCACCGUGUGAUCAAUAUUACUAAGACUACAGUAGUGCCACGCUCCCCAACCCUCCCACCUCUGGUUGUGCCCACUCUGGCCACACUUCCCCCCUCAGUGCCAUGUGACAAGCCCAUGGACGUUCUGUUCUUAUUAAAGGCGGGGGAGCAGUUCACAGAAAUGAAAACCUUUGUCAAAAGCUUCAUCACAAAUGCUAAAAUAGGACAAAAGGACACUCAGAUCGGUGUAUUACAGUAUGGUGAGAGAAACACAGCAGAAAUAACCUGGAAGCAGGAGCAGCGCAGAGAACAGCUAUUAAACUUGCUGGACAGAGUUCCCAGCAGGACUCCCACACCUCCACAACUCGGUGCAGCUUUGCGGUUUGCUAUACAAACGUCCCUUUCCCCGGCCAGUGGAGGCAGAGCUGGGGUGGCUAAAAUCAUUGUCAUGGUGAUCCAGGACAAAUCCACUGAUGAUGUGAAAGAAGCAGCUAACGAAGCUCUCGCAGCCGGCGUGUCUGUGUUUCCUAUUGGCGUGGGGUCAGGAUAUGAUAGGGCGGAGCUCAGUGUUCUGGGUCGCCAUGGUAACCAGGACAACAGCCUCCACUUGAGCAGCAUGGACCAGCUGCGGUUGCUGCUGACCCUGGAUCAUGGCUACAUAGAGAGGAUGUGCAGAGCUGGUCCACCAGGAUUUUGUGUAGAUGAUAAUGGAACAGAGAGAAAGCCUGGAGAGUCGUGGCUGAUGGAGGAUGGCUGCCACUCUCUCCUAUGUCACCCCAGUGGAGCAAUCACCAUGCAGAGCCACAAAGUGAGCUGUGACAGCAUGGAGCCCCCAGCCUGUACCAACAACAUGCCCGCAGUCAGGGUCCAAGAGAAAUGCAACUGCCACUGGGAAUGCCCAUGCAUGUGCAUGGGCAGCUCUACCAACCACGUAGUGAGGUUUGAUAGCCUGGCUCUCCGGUUGGACAGUGAGGGCCUUUGCUCCUACACCUUAUUGACUGUGAACAAGAGUCUGAGUGAAUCGUCUGAAGUGAAACUGCACAAUGGACCAUGCAGCCAUCCCUCUGAGUACAACCAAGUCUGCAUGAAGGCCAUAGAAGUCAUCCAUGGACCUCACACCAUCACGCUAAAAGAUGAUAUGACGGCUCUGAUUGGGCGUGAGGAGCUAGCUCUCCCCUGGACACAUGCAGGUCUGGAGCUGGUGCGUUAUGGGGGCAUCAUGCUGCAGCUGAAGUCAAACCAUGGCUACACUCUGACCUUUACACCUCACAGCAACGAGUUCACCAUCACUGUGCUUGGUUCUAGUGCUGCCGGGCCCACCAAUGGACUUUGUGGGACUUGUGGAGAGGAGCAAGCCAAUCAACUCCAUCUGCGUGACGGCAGCCUGACCUCAGACCACUCGGCCUUCAUGUGGGACUGGAGUAGCUCUGGAGGUGUAGAGGGGAGUGAGGGUGUAUGUGUGCCUAAGAGGAGGCCCCAGUGUGCCCUGGGAGUCUCCAUGGGCUGUCAGGCUCUCCGGUCUGAGGUGUUUGCCCCAUGUCACCAUGUGGUCCCGGUGCAGCUGUUCCUGUCCCGCUGUGAGGAGCAGGCAUGUGAGCAAUCGGACGUGUGUGAGGUGCUGUCAGCCUACGCUCAGCUGUGCAGGCAGAACGGGGCCUGUGUGCACUGGAGGGGCCCACACCUUUGCCCAUUCCAGUGCCCCAGUCCGAUGGAAUACCAUGCUUGUCAGAGUGGCUGUGUAGAGGACUGCAGCAGUAUCCAGACUCUGAAAGAGGAGAGGAACACAUCCUCCUGUGUGGACACGCCCACAGAGGGCUGCUACUGUCCAGAGGGCAUGGUCCUCCACCAGGGUGUGUGUGUGCCACCUGACAGCUGUAACCAAUGUGUGGACCAGCAGGGCCACACACAUCCAUACAUGCUUUCCUGGAUCCCAGAGGAGAAUCCCUGCCUGAUAUGUUUGUGUUUAGACCAGCAGCGCAUCAACUGCACUGCCCGGCCCUGCAAUGACGUCAAGGCUCCUGCGUGUGGCCCUUGUGAGGUCUUGAGAGAGAAGAGGGAGUCCAAGUGCUGUCCAGAGUAUGAGUGUGUAUGUGAUCUUACAAAUUGCUCGGUGCCUGAAGUGCCUCUCUGUGAAGACGGACAAACCUUAGUUUUGAAAAACCCAGGAGAAUGUCAACCAGUACAUGAAUGUGUCUGUAAAAAGGAGCAGUGUGAUCUCAAGCCCCCUCCCACUUGUCCACCACACCGGCAGCUGUCAGUCAAAAAAACCACAUGCUGCGAUGCGUUCGAAUGCGCAUGUAAGUGUCAGAACUCCACACGUGCCUGUCCUGUUGGCUUUGUCACGUCUACUUCCACCAAUGACUGUGGCUGCACUGUCACCAGCUGUGAGCCAGACAAGGUGUGCGUAGUGGGUGCUCAGGCUCACCCAGUGGGUAGUGAGUGGGAGGACGGCUGUACCAAGUGUGUGUGCACCCAGCAGCUGGACGCCCACAGCUCCCUGUACGUGCCCCACUGUAGUCCGCGCACCUGUGACACCGCCUGCCCUCUGGGCUCCACAUAUGCUCCAUCAGACAAUGAGUGCUGUGGAAAGUGUGUAACAUCGAGCUGUGUGAUCUCACGAGGAGAGAUGAGAGGAGACACGCUGAUAGGAACUAAAAUACGGCAUGUGGGUGAGGUGUGGUCUUCUCCUCUGGACCAGUGUGUCCUACAGGAGUGUGUGAAGGUCCAUGAGCAGGUCUUUGUCACUGAGAAGAAUGUGAGCUGCUCUGCUGUGGACACUCCCAACUGCCCCCUGGGGACCGAGCUGCACUGUGCCAAGGAAGGAUGCUGCCCCUUUUGUCACUGUGUUCCUGUGGAGGCCUGUCUCUUCAACAGCACACUGAUUGGACCUGGAGAGCGACUGAUGGUGGACCUGUGCACUCAUUGUGAAUGUCAGGUGGAGCAGGGGGCAGUGAGGAAGUUCAAACUGUCCUGUAAGAAAACCACCUGCCCCGAGUGUCCCAUGGGCUACAGUCUACAGAAGGAGGAGGGGGCGUGCUGUGGUCACUGUGUGGGCACCACCUGUUUUAUACAGAGACCUGAUGGAACUCUCAGCAGUCUGCCAGUGAACUCCACCAGGGAGGAGGGCUGUAACUUGUACUCAUGCAGCGUGAGCCCUCAGGGGGAUCUUGUGGCUCAGGUCAAAGUGACCAGCUGUCCUGCUUUUGACCAACAGGCCUGUCGCGAUAAUGGGGGUACGGUCAGUCAUCUCGGAGACAGCUGCUGUGAGACAUGUGUGGAGCCAGAGUGCCAGAAGACCAAAGGGACCCUGAAGUACAUCAAAGUGGAUGACUGUGAGUCAGAGCAGCAGGUGGAGCUGCACUACUGUGAGGGUAAAUGCCGGAGCCGUUCCUUAUACUCGCUGGAGAGCGGAGCAGUGGAGCAGGAGUGUGUGUGCUGCUCUGCUCUAAACACACAGGCUCUGAGUGUACCUGCCAAUGGGACCCGGACCCUCCACACUGUCCUGUCUGUGACCCAGUGUGACUGCGUGUCCAGGCACUGUGACUGA